AUGGGUAAAGCUUCCAAAUUCUUCAGAGCACUAUUUGGCUUCAAAACCAUCGAACCCACCGACCCACCACCAUCUCGUUCUGACCUCAACAAACAACCAAAACGACACUGGAGCUUCAUCAAAUCCCACAGAGACAAACCCACUCGCCACCAUCUCUCCAACACAUUUGACGCUUCACUCUCUCGUCCCUUCGACACUCCACUUCACCAUCAUGCAUCCAUCGAGACAACCGGUGACGACGAUGCUACUACUGGUUCAAGCAAUCACGCCAUUGCUGUGGCUGCAGCCACAGCGGCAGUCGCUGAGGCUGCCGUCGCAGCAGCUCACGCCGCCGCUGAGGUGGUACGGAUGACGAGCAGAGCCACCGGCGGUUAUGGUCUUCGUGGUGAACGGGCCGCCGUUAAAAUCCAAUCUUACUUCCGAUCUUAUCUGGCUCGGAAGGCGUUACGGGCAUUGAAAGCAUUGGUGAAGCUUCAAGCGCUCGUGAGAGGUCACAUUCUAAGGAAGCAAGCUGCCGAUGAUUUACGACGCUUGCAGGCCCUGCAGGCUCUUUUACGAGCUCGUGCAAACCGCUUGCAGGUUGCUGAUUCGCAUUCCCCCCAACCGACAACCAAGAAAUCGUCUUAUAGUCAUCAAUACGGGCCUCCGACUCCCGAAAAAUGCGAGCAUGUUCUACGAUCGAGGACUAUGAAACACCAUCAGCCAUCACCAAUAAAGAAUCAUGGGUCAAAAUCAUUUGCCGAUGAAAGGAACGAGAAAAUCCUCGAGAUGGACUCCACAAAACCGCACAUAAUGCAGCAGCCUAGACGAAGGAACCUUUUUCAACCGGACCACAUCAGUUACAGCCACAGUCAAAGUUUGACCACUUCUCGAGGCUCAUCGAUCCAACCACCUGCCCUGAGCCCAAGUGAAUCCUGCGAAGUAAAUUCCUUGACCACCCCUUUCAAAUGUUUAACUCACGACAUUGAUGAAGAAACUUCUUUCUGCACGGCCCAAAAUAGCCCUCCGUUUUACGCCCUUUCUUUCAAGGGUAACUCUUCCAUGAGAGUGGGCCCGUUUACCCCAGCCAAGAGUGACAGUUCACGAAGCUGCCUUAGCGGCUACUCGGACCACCCCAAUUACAUGGCGUACACGGAGUCUUCGCGUGCUAAGGUGCGGUCUUUAAGUGCACCUAGACAAAGGCCUCAGUUGGAGUUUCCAAAGAGAUAUUCAAUGUAUGGGUAUGGUUCAGGUGCUCAACGUAGUUCGAACUUGCGUGAUAGUUUUAUGAACAAAGCGUAUCCAGGUUCCGGGCGGCUUGAUCGGCUUGGGAUGCCGGUUGGAGGUAUGGGCGUCCGUGAAACUGAAUUUAGUGGUAGUUACUGGAACUAG